GCCGCCACCUUGAGUUGCAAAUAUGGCGGAUGGAUCACAGCAUCCAUCAAUUUCCCAGAAGGUACAUUGGCAAUCUUAUUUCUUAUCUCGAAUUUCUCCUAACUUGCGCUCCAGGAAUACUGGUUUACACAAUAUGACUGGUGCAUAUGUAAAUGGAGGUCUGCAGAGUCCUCUGCCACCAACAUUCCAAGGCACUGGCCUGGAAUUUGCAUCACCACUAUCCUCUGUUUUUGUACAAGCUCCCGCAGAAAAAGGUUUUCGUAGUUUUAUGAUAGACUUCCUCAUGGGAGGAGUUUCUGCUGCUGUAUCCAAGACUGCUGCUGCUCCGUCACAUGAUGGGACAACCCCAUGUGAGUGUGUGGUCCUCCAAACAGCUUCAUCCUGUCAGUUUUGGAAGUUUGAAUUAAAAAUGCUGGCUUGUCGAUGUGAUUCAUUAAGUUUCCGUUUUGAUUUAUCAUUUGUUGACAACCAUGUCUUGUUUUAUAGAAUGUCUCACAGAAUUUGCAAUUUCAUCAAUCCUUUUCAGGCCCUGAACUUUGCUUUCAAAGAUUAUUUCAAGAGGCUGUUUAAUUUCAAGAGAGACAAGGAUGGUUACUGGAAGUGGUUUGCCGGGAAUUUGGCGUCAGGUGCUGCUGCUGGUGCUUCAUCUUCUCUUUUUGUUUAUUCCCUAGAUUAUGCUCGAACACGUUUGGCUAAUGAUGCUACAGCUGCUAAGAAUGGUGGUGGAAGGCAGUUUAAUGGUUUAAUUGAUGUUUGCAGCCUCAUAACUAAUCCCAUUAUUGGAUGAUUUCCAAAAUUUGUC